GGUGUGUGGCUAAUGCAGGGGUGGUUAUUUUCAUACGAUCCGUUCUGGAGGCCUCCACAAAUGAAGGCACUUUUACAGUCUGUUCCUGCGGGGAGGCUGGUAGUCCUCGAUCUGUUUGCUGAAGUGAAACCCAUAUGGAUUACUACAGAGCAGUUUUAUGGUGUUCCUUACAUAUGGUGUAUGCUGCACAAUUUUGCAGGAAACGUUGAAAUGUACGGAGUUUUGGAUGCGAUAGCGUCUGGACCAAUUGAUGCUCGUACAAGUGAAAACUCAACAAUGGUUGGUGUCGGAAUGUCAAUGGAAGGUAUAGAACAAAACCCGAUUGUUUAUGAUCUCAUGUCUGAGAUGGCGUUUCAACACAACAAAGUUGAUGCUAAGGCCUGGAUUGAUCAAUAUUCUGGAAGACGUUAUGGCCGUUCAGUUCCUUCAAUACAAGAUGCCUGGAAUAUAUUAUAUCACACCCUCUAUAACUGCACCGACGGUGCCUAUGACAAAAAUAGGGAUGUAAUUGUGGCAUUUCCCGACGUUGAUCCAUCCUUUAUAUCAAUACCGCCUGAAGCGUUUCAACCAAAUGAGAACCCAGUAGCAGGGAGAGCAGUUCUAAAGGAAAUAACUGAUUCAUUUGACCAACCUCAUUUAUGGUAUUCAACAUCUGAAGUGAUACAUGCAUUAGAUAUUUUUAUUGCAAGUGGAGAUGAACUCUCAGAAAGUAAUGCUUACAGGUAUGACCUUGUGGACCUGACUAGACAAGCUUUAGCUAAGUAUGCAAACCAGCUAUUUCUAAAGGUCAUAGAAGCUUAUCAGUUUAAUGAUGCCAUCGGACUGGCUCGCCACAGCCAGAAGUUUUUGGGUCUAGUUGAAGACAUGGACACACUCUUAGCCUGCCAUGAUGGAUUUCUCCUAGGACCUUGGUUAGAAAGUGCAAAGAAACUCGCCCAAGAUGAAGAACAGGAAAAGCAGUUUGAAUGGAAUGCUAGAACUCAGAUAACUAUGUGGUUUGACAACACAAAGGAGGAAGCAAGUCUGCUUCGCGACUAUGGAAAUAAGUAUUGGAGUGGGCUUCUGCGAGAUUAUUAUGGCCCUCGAGCAGCUAUAUAUUUUAAGUAUUUAACACAAAGCUUGGAGUGGGGCAGUGAGUUUCGGUUGAAGGACUGGAGGAGAGAGUGGAUAAAGCUUACAAAUGAUUGGCAAAACAGCAGGAAGGAAUUUCCUGUGAAAAGUAGUGGAAAUGCUCUCAACACGUCCAGAUGGCUUUUUGAUAAGUAUUUAGGAUCAAGUGCUGAAAACAUACAAUCCCUGCAUGGAGCUGCUACUGAGAUUGUAAUAUAAUAUGUUUGGAUUGGAAGACUUCGUGAGUAAUUUACAACUCAUUUUAAUUUUAAAUAAAGUUUUAGAAAACUUAUACAACUUAAAAAGGUAUUAGUGUUGUUCAAUUUUUACCAUUGCUUGCACAAAAUGGAAAUCUCCUGAUUGACCUUUUCA